AUGUCGUCAACAACGAAAUGUUCCAUACAAUUACAAAUAAAUCCCUGUAUAUCAACAGGAUGUGAUUCAACAAGUGAAGUUAUAUGUCGUCAUUGUCAUGAACAAUAUUGUUAUUUAUGUUUUAUGUGUCAUCGAAAAUCAUUACUAGAUGAUAUGCAAUCAAUAUCCGAACAAAUGUCAUCAAAUCGUCGUCAAGGUGUAUCGGAAGUUAUUGAAUUUAUUAAUAAACAAUCUAAAGAUGCACAUGAUCAAGCAAAAAAACUUGUUAAUGAUGUUAUUGAUCGAAUUAUUAAAGCAAGUCAAAAUAUAAAUACAUAUGUUGAAAAUCGUCGAUUAGUUAAACUUAAUCGUUUAGAAGAAUGUUUACAGACAUUUGAUAAAGAUGCUGAAUUACUUAAUUCAAAAUUAUCUCGACAAGUGUUUUUACCAGCUGAUACGCUUUUAGAAUUACGUCGUAAAUAUGCAUACAAUAUGUUUAAUAUAUCAUCAUCAUCAUCAGGAACUAAAGAUACUCAAGUUGAUAAUGAAGAAUUUUUUGAAAACUAUCGUCAUUUUGAUGAAUUAAUUAAUUUACGACAAAAAUGGACGUUUCUUCAAGCAGCUUUAACAACGGUUUAUUUUCCUGGUAAAAAAGAUUUUUCAUUAGAUAAAAUUUUAACAUUUCUUGAAUAUCGUCAUGAUCGAGUAUUAGAAAAUUAUCGAGAUUAUUUAUCAAUUAAUGAUGAAUCUAAAGAAGUAUCAUCGAAAUCAAUUGAAGAUUUAUUAAAUGAAUUAAGUUUCUUAUCGAAAAAAGAUGUUUUACCAGCAGAAACGGAAAAUUUUUCAUAUAUUAGCGAAACAUUAAAUGAUAGUGACUUAAUCAAGGUUGAUAGUGGUCAUUUUGAUGAUGAGACAUGUUCAAAUUCAAGUCAUAGUUGGCAAAUUGAAUAUAAUGAUAAAAUAGAUGAAUCAAUAAAAAAUUUUGAACAAGAUUAUCAACCAUUCUGGCUUAAUAAGCAUUAUGAAAGCUCUUAA